AACCGGCGCCAGCCAUGGCCUCUGGGGCGGGCGGGAGCUGGGGUAGCUCCCCAACGCAGAGCGCAGUCCCGACGCCCUGGGUUACCGUCCUGCAGCCCCUCUCGUGGGCCGUCCCACCUGCGCCCCCGCAGCCAGGCCGCGUGAAGGAAGAUCUGCUGGAACUGAUGAUGCUGCAGAACGCGCAGAUGCAUCAGCUGCUGCUGAGUCGCCUGGUGGCUGGAGCGCUGCAGCCCAGGCCCGCCUCGCCCUGCCCUCAGGUCUACCUGGAGGUUCCGAAGGAACAGCCUGAGGAGGAGGAGGAGGAGGAGGAGAUGGACGCGAGGGAGAAAGGGCCUUUGGUGUUUCACCACCACUACUUGCCCUAUUUGAUGUCCUCCCCGGGUGCCUUGCUGCCUUGGCCAGCCCCCUUCUUCCCCACCCCCGCCUGUCAGCCCUACUUGCAGGACGUGCCCAGGAUUCAGCACUGUCCUGCCUCCAGGGAAAGGGAGGUGAGAGCUGUGCCCCCACCCCCACCCCCCAGUGCCACAGGGACUGUGGGCGCCGAUGUACCCCCGGCUUCAGACUACUAUGAUGCUGAGAGCCUCCUAUGAGGACAGACCCUGGCCCUGGGAGCUGCACCAGCUUCCUGCUCUGGAUACAGCCCCGGAGCCGCCUCCUGCACCUCUCUUGCCGACUCCCCUGUGCCCAUGACUGGCAGUCCUUCUCACUCCCUCAACCUCAGCCAGGCCCUCUUCUCCUGGGGAAAUCAGGAGCCCCAUGGUGGCUCCCCUCCCUGCCCCACCCCAAUGAGUUCCUGGACGGGCAGGAUCUGUGCUGUUGUGUAAGAGCUCCUUAGAGCACCACCCAGGCCCUUGAAGCCACAUCAGCCCGCCUCUGCCCCACUGCUUCCUGCCUGGAGCAGGGGGAGGCCUGGGAACAGAGUCCCCACCCUCUCUCCCUCAACCCUCUUCCUGGGAUGAUGAGGUCUCCUUCCAGCCUAGUAAUGGAGCAAGAGGGGAGGGGGGGUUCCUUCUGCUUUCCACAGCUUUGAAGGCCCCUUUGAGGUAGCUGGAGGGGCCCAGAAUGGUGGGGGAGAGGCCUUGCUGGGCAGCGCCCCUGAGCAGAGUCACUUCCCUGGGCCCCCACCCCUCGUCCCAGGAAGCAGCUCUGUUGGCAGAAAGGAGAGGUCAGAGCUUUGUCCUGCUGUGGCCAGGAGUGGCCUGAGGUCUACUGGGGCCAGGUGGGAACAGUGUGUCCUCUGCCCCCUGGGCCAGGGUGUGUUUCCUCCACUCUCCCUCAGUAGGAAUGAGCUACUCAGGCCAGAUGGGGGCCUGGCGCCUGGGCCGGGAGCCCCCUGUGAAGGAGAGGGCGGGGAGGGAGGCAUCUAGGGAGAGGGGUCCCCCAUGGUGGCUCCCCUCCCUGGCCAUUGUUAUCCCAGGAGGAGACACUGUGGCACAGGGCUAAGUCCAGGUGUUUGUAUUUGGGCUAGAAAAGGCAAUGUCCCAAGUCUCUGCUGCUUGUCACAGUCCUUCAGCCAGGGCUGGACCUCAACCCUGAGGAGUCACACUGAGUUCCAGUGACCACCAUGGUGGUGGCCAUGCCACUCAUGCGUGCUAUGGCCGGAAGGCCUGGGGCAGCCUCCUCCAAGCCGCUCGCACCCCGUAGGUGCCCGUCCGCUGCUGGCGCCAGUGCUGGCUGAAGAUGAAGCAGAGCAGGACAGAUGUCACGAACAGGAACAGCAACACUGACACCACCGUGACUAUGAUGACCAUCUGGCUGUCCGACACAGGCUCUGGGGAGGGAGGGAGCAAGGGUCUUAGACAUCCUGUGAACCCAGUUACCAGGGACCAAAAGGGAGUGGAAGUCCACCCCCGACCCAGACCCCCAGCCCCCGCCGCCUGCUCAUGCAUCCUGCAGUCACCCCAGGUUGUAGAGAUGAGUGGUGAAUGGUGUCUGCAUUAAAAUUAUUAUCUGGAAAAAA